AUGUAUCUGGAUAUGAUGGCAAGUUGGGAUGAGAAACUUCUUAAAGCUGCAGCGGAGGGGAAUAUAAAAGAGGUAGAAUUAUGUAUAAAGAACAGAGCUAACUUGGAAUGUAGAGAUCUUGCUGGAAGGACACCAUUAAUGUUGGCCGCUUGGAGAGGACACCUGGAGGUCGUGACUUACCUGGUCACUCACGGCAGUCAGUUAGGCACUACAGACCCGAGUGGAUUGACACCAUUAAUGUUGGCGGCUUGGUUCGGACACCUGGAGGUGGUGACUUACCUUGUCACUCACGGCAGUCAGUUAGACGCUACAUCCACCUACAGUGGACAAACAGCUUUACAUUAUGCUGCUGAGGUUGGACGUAUUGAUGUAACAAAAUGUUUAAUAGAUCAAGGAUGCAGUCCUUGGGUGAAAUCAAAACUGGGUAAGACUCCUUAUGAUCUGGUAACAAUAUCAAGACAUUGUUCUGAAGAGAAGAAAGAAGUGAUGGACUUCCUUAAGGUAAAUAAUAUUGUCUUACUUUAA